AUGAACCGCGAUCGAAUUCAGCAACCUUCAUACUGGACAUGCCAUGCGAAACACCAUCAUUACUGUGACGUAGUUGGAGACUCAUGGUCACAAAUGGACCCGAAUUCAGAUUGGUCUCUGCCGCGCGAUCGCUGGACAGAGACGAGCCACGACGAAGGCUACUACAGGAGUGGUUCACAAUAUAGAGACGACGCGCCUGAGUACUCGACACUACCAUACAAUACCCCGCCAAUUGACCAAUACAACCCACAAUUCCGUCAUAUCCGACCUCAAAUACACUCUCAGAACUCGGUGCCUUCAUUCAUGGAAUAUCAAGGCAGGGUAGCACCAGUUCAAAAUCCUGGACCCCGCUGUAUCAGUCAACCAGGCUUCCAGACUAGCAGAGGCGAGGAACAGAUAUCUCGAGCUGGCCGCACCGAAGCUCCAUCACCAGUUGAAAGACGCCCGAGCGAAAACGAAUUCUCCAGUGACAUGGACUUGACACUCUUUGUGGCAGCAACUUCUGGAUUUACCCCGGACUCACCGCUACACCGCUCUUUUGGGGAUGCACCGACAUGGCGCAACCAACCACAACCACGAACGGAAUAUACACGGCCACAACAACGGCCAGAUUACACACGCGCGCACACCUCAUACACCAGUUCUACACUCGUGCAACAUCCUGUACCAUCGUAUUCUACACCUCAUCUGCCGAUCAGACAACCACAGCCUCGGAGUCCUGCAUUAAGUCGUCAGGCCAAUGUCUGGCAAGAGAGACUUGAGACGGAACCGUAUGCAUGGCAAGCCCACGAUUAUGGCGAUGAGCCGCCGCCAGCAGACGAGCUGCCGGACUAUGAACAGAGUCAGGCCGAGAUGCAGAACAAGAACCGAGUUGAAGCAAAGCGAAGGGCAGAGGAGUUGCAGCGGAGGUGGAGACAGAGACACAGUCGAUGA